AUGGCUUCAUCUUCAGGACAGAAUAGGGUCAUUCAUCCUGGAGCAGAUGAUCCUUCAGUAUUACGUUUACAGAAUAUUCAUGUGUCUGAACAUAUUUGGGAUGGUCGAGAUCAUCCUAUUUUGAAGGUUAGGAAAAGUCAAUUUAUUUCAGCUGGUUUGGAUGGUGUUCUAGAGGAGAUCCUUCCACAUUUAGAGCUUGCGGGAUUUACUGGAAUUGCUCACGAUAUAUCAGUGUUGUUAGGUUUACGGAUUGAUGGAAGACCUGUGAUAGCACUUAUUGGAGGUAAUUAUGCUGAUAUUGUUGAGGAGAGCCUAGGGAUUAGACCAUCACGUGCAUAUUUUAUCACCCGAUUUGCUAGGGCUUAUAUGUUGCGGUUGAUUGGGGGUUUUAUGUUGAGUGAUCACUCCAGCAGUAGAGUCUCAUUGGAGUCUGCAGUAUUGGGAUUUUUGUAUAGAGAGCUGUGUAUGGCCACCAAUAUUGAUCGGCAUGGUUUAGGUGGAUUAGCUGCAUUACUUGUGAUAUGGUUGGCUAAUCAAAGGAAUAGGAAAGGGAGGAAAGACAUAUCUUAUUAUAGAUAUAAAUUUGACAUGCUUAGUGGUGAAGAGGUGUGUGAGUGGCAACAACCAGAUCGAGUAAUACGGCAAUUUGGUAUGGUUCAACAUAUACCUCGUGCCCCAUAUCAGCCAGAUGCACUACAUGACUUGACUCUGCGUGGGAAGGCAAUAGAGAAUUGGCAAGAGAAGCUGAGGGAUGUAUUAGACAUUUGGGAGAGAAGGAGAGAUUGGGUCAUGAUCAAUGACCCCCAGAUUGGUCAGCUAAGUUUCAACUCAAAGUAUAUGCGGUGGUAUAGAGCUCACACUAGACGUUGGAUGACAAGAGAUGCAACUGUCUCAUCAUUACUUGGCGAUAGACUUAAGAGAGCCCACUACUUGAUGACUGAUGGCCAUGAUUCUUUCACCUUUGAUGAGAUGCGAGACCUGUAUCAAUCUAUGCUAGUUUUGAAGAAUGAUUUGAACCGUAUUAUGGAACCUAUUUCUUCAUCUGAGCCUCCAAUACAGAGUGGCAAUACUGAGGAUCCAGUUGUAGAUGUCCGUCAACUGAGGAACCGUAAGGAAGGCAGGGGAUCACAGCGUAGACGCACAGAGGUACAUGCAACAGACUGGUCUCUUCCACCUAUACCUGAGCGUCUUGAUGGAGUAUUCUAUGUUCCCUCACAGUAUUAUAGGCAAUGA